AUGGUGCAAGAGACGUAUGACAUUGUCAUCGUCGGCGCCGGCCCCGUCGGCCUGCUGCUGUCCCUCUGUAUGUCCCGUUGGGGCUACAAGGUCAAGCACAUCGACAAUCGUCCGGUGCCGACCGCCACUGGCCGCGCCGACGGAAUUCAGCCGCGCUCGACCGAGAUCCUGCGCAACCUCGGCCUGAAGCGUUCCAUCAUGGCCUACGAGCCCGCCAAGGUCUACGACGUCGCUUUCUGGGAUCCCAAGGGCGAUGGCUCGGGCAUCGCCCGCACGGGCAGCUGGCCCAGCUGCCCUCGCUUUAUCGACACCCGCUACCCUUUCACCACCCUGGUGCACCAGGGUAAGAUCGAGCGCGUCUUCCUGGACGAGAUCGAGAAGGCCGGAACCCACGUCGAGCGUCCCUGGACCAUCGUCGGAUUCAAGAACGACGGCGCCAAUGCCGAAUACCCCGUCGAGGUCAACCUGAAGUGCCUCGACACCAACGUCGUGGAGAACGUGCGCUCCAAGUACCUGUUCAGUGGUGAGGGUGCCCGCAGCUUCGUGCGCGAGCAGCUUGGAAUCAAGAUCCACCACAAGGACCCCAUCUCCUACGUCUGGGGUGUAAUGGACGGUGUUGUUCGCACCAACUUCCCCGAUAUCGAGACCAAGUGCACGAUCCACUCCGAUGCUGGUUCCAUCAUGGUUAUCCCCCGCGAGGACAACAUGGUACGCUUGUACGUCCAGAUUGCCUCGUCGACUGACCCCGACUUCAACCCCCGGAAGACCGCUACCGCCGAGGAGGUGCAGCAGACCGCGAAGAACAUUCUAAAGCCGUACUGGUUGGAAUGGGACCGCGUCGAGUGGUACUCCGUCUACCCCAUAGGACAGGGUAUUUCCGAGAAGUACACUCUAGACGAGCGCGUGUUCAUGGGCGGUGAUGCCUGCCACACCCACAGCCCCAAGGCCGGUCAGGGUAUGAACACUGCCUUCCACGAUGCGCUCAACAUGGCCUGGAAGAUCCACGCUGUCGAGAGUGGCUUUGCCAACCGCUCCAUUCUGAGCACCUACGAGACCGAGCGCAAGGAUAUCGCUGAGACCCUUCUGAACUUUGAUGCCAAGUAUGCUGCGCUGUUCUCCAAGCGCCGUCCCAGCGCCGGCGAGGUUUCCGCUAGUAAGGCCGUGGCCGCCGAGGGUGUGGAAGAGGAUGAGUUCGUAAAGACCUUCAAGUCCUCGUGCGAGUUCACCUCCGGAUACGGAGUUGCCUACAAGCCCAACGUCUUCAACUGGGACUCCAGCCACCCGGCCAAGUCGGCCCUCUUCAACAUUUCCAACGUCCGCCUGACCCCCGGCCGCGCUUUUACCCCGUCGACCGUCACCCGUCUUGCGGACGCCAACUUCGUCGAGCUUGAGCAGGAGGUCCCCGCCAACGGAUCCUUCCGUAUCUUCAUCUUCGCCGGUAACCAGCACAAGACUAAGAAGGCCAUUGCGGAUUUCGCUGCCAACCUGGAGAAGGAGCGCUCCUUCCUCUCGGUCUACCGCCGGCCCGACAUUGCCAAUGUCUCCUUCUUCGAGCGCCACAACCCUCACUCCAAGCUCUUCACCCUCUCCCUCAUCUAUGCCGCAGCCAAGAACGAGGUCGACGUGGACUCUAUCCCUCAGGUCCUGCGUGACUACCACCACCACCUGUACGCCGACGACAUUCCCGAUGUCCGCGUUCCUACCGCCAAGUUCUCGGCCCACGAGAAGCUUGGUCUCGAUGCCGAGAAGGGUGGUGUCGUUGUCACCCGGCCUGACAGCCACGUCGCUUGCACCAUCCAGCUGGUGGAGGGCAGCGGCACCGUUGAUGCUCUCAACGAGUACUUUGGCUCGUUCGCGACCAAGGCCCUGGGACAGGACUCCCAGGCGAGCCGUUUGUAA